GCAUUUCUUCAACCAAAUGAGGUGAACACACCGGGGUUUUGUCUAUUACAUUAGACUACAGUGUGUUCUUAACGCGGAAGUGAUUGUCAGAGGUGCAUGCUGGGAGUUGGCUGCCGGAAGUGGGGCAGAAAGCGAGAGCUCGGUAGAGGUUAAAGCCAUGGCAGACAUGCAUACUCUAGUUGAUCGCCUGGAGAAGGCAGUUGGGAAAUUAGAAAUUUUGUCCCAGUCCUCUGGCUUUGGUGGAGGAUCUGGAGGAGACAGUGGCUCUGGAGAUGCAGCCGUGUUUGUCCAGGUCUAUGAUUCUCUCCUUAACGGUCCUGUGGCAGAUUUUGUGAAGCAUAGCAAAGACAUUGGAGGAGAGGUAGAUAAGCAGGCUCAGAUGCUUCUGUCUGGCUUUAAGUUACAGCGGGAUAUUCUUGUGAAAGCUUCUCAAUAUCAGCAGCCUGAUGAGAAAGACCGCUCUGCCCUACUUGCUCCCCUUUCUGGCCAGAUUCAGGCUGCUCAGGAUUACAGAGAGAAGAAUCGGGGCGCCAAACAUUUCAACCACCUAUCAGCUGUAAGCGAAAGCAUCCCUGCUCUUGGCUGGGUGGCAGUGGCCCCCAAACCAGGUCCUUUUGUAAAAGAAAUGAUGGAUGCUGCCAUGUUUUAUACCAACAGAGUACUGAAGGAAUACAAGGAUGUGGAUAAGAAACACGUGGACUGGGUUCGGUCUUAUCUGAACAUCUGGACUGAGCUGCAAGCCUACAUCAAAGAGCAUCACACAACUGGCUUGAGUUGGAAAAAAUCUGGUCCAAAGGCUGCAAGUGCACCAUGUGCUCCUCCACCUCCAAGAGCUGGACCCCCUCCUCCACCUCCUGGUGGACCUCCCCCACCUCCUCCUUCUUCUUCUGCUCCAAGUGAUGACACAUUAUCUCGUUCACAGUUAUUUGCACAACUUAAUCAGGGGGAGAAAAUCACUAAAGCUCUGAAGCAUGUUCCUGAUGAUAUGAAGACCCAUAAAAACCCAACCCUAAAGUCUCAAGCGGGACCAAUCAGAAGCGGCCCCAAACCUUUCACUAGUCCCAAACCCACUAAUGUCGGCUCCCCUGCACCAAAACCUGUUGCUAAGAAGCAACCACCUGUGCUGGAGCUGGAGGGCAAGAAAUGGAGAGUGGAAAACCAGGAUAACGUGUCCAAUCUGGAGAUCAGUGACACUGAACUGAAACAAGUGGUGUAUAUUUACAAGUGCGUGAACAGCACCCUGCAGAUUAAGGGGAAGAUUAAUUCUAUCAUUGUUGAUAACUGCAAAAAACUUGGCCUGGUGUUUGAAGAUGCUGUUGGCAUUGUAGAGAUCAUUAACUCACAAAGUGUUAAAGUUCAGGUGUUGGGUAAAGUGCCAACAAUAUCUAUUAACAAGACUGAUGGCUGCCAUGUUUACCUGAGCCAGGACAGCCUGGAAUGUGAAAUUAUCAGCGCCAAAUCCUCAGAGAUGAACAUCUUGGUCCCAGGCAGCGGAGGAGACUAUAGCGAGUUUCCAGUCCCAGAGCAAUUUAAGACUGUAUGGAACGGUGAGAAGUUGGUGACUACAGUGACAGAAAUAGCAGGCUAGAUGAUGUGGUCUGGCUGCAGCUGUGGACUGGAGGAUCAAUGCAGCAUCUUGCGCGUCCUCCUCCUGGGUUCUCUCUGCUGCUUCUCUCUCUGGGAGUUCUCUAGCUGUAGGGUAGACACCUUGCACACACAGCUCUCUGCUGUGUAAUGUCCUGCUGUCUCAUCCCUAAUUAGUGCCAGAACUGUUCUUGCUAAUCUCUGCUACCCCCCUCCAUGCCAUUACAAAGGGGGAGGGACUCUGAAUGUGGUCUACAUACAAGCAAUUCUGGGUAGUGAUUGGAUGACCAAUAAAUGGUUAAUUGGACCAAAGUAAUAAUGGGUAAUGAGCACUUUGGUGGGGUUUUUCAACUCUUGGUCUCAAACUGCACACAGGGACUUCCACAACUUCACCUCCUGAUUUUCUGCAAAUGCUCUCAGCACUUCCAGGGUUUACUUUUUUUUUAAAAAACAAAACAAAAACUAUUUACAGACAUAUGCAAUUUUUUUUCCUUUACUUACAAACCCCUUUUUUUCUCUGGCUUGUAUGGAUAUGUCAUGUUUGUACUUAACUAAAAAAUAAUAAUGCCAAUGUGUUCUGAACAUUUCCUAUGUGUUGUAUGUGGGCUCUGCCCUGCUAUUAAGGGAACAGGGAGCAUCCCCUGCACAGACUGUGGAAUACACAACAAGUUUACAAAUCAAGCAUUUUAUUAAAGAUUUAAGGAUAAGACAA